AUGGACCCUCAGUAUCAUAACCACACAACUCUGAUUAUACCCCCUGAUCGAGCUAAACCUCUUGCGAAAAUAAUCUCGAUAAAUCACAACGAACAAUACUUCAGAUGGGUCUUCAGCAAACCUAUCAUCGUGGAGACAAUCCGAGCUGCUUUGAUUAAUCUACCUCGGAGACUCUCUUCAUUUGAACUUUUCUGUCACUUGAUUCGCAGCUACCAUGCUUUACAAAGGCAGCAAUAUCGUAGUUGGGAAGAAUGUGCGGCAAUCAUUGUGAUUGGACGCAUGAUUGGUGUGAUGAUGGAACAAAUGGUUGCAGGAGAAACUCAAACUUCGCAAGGGCAAGGCCGGAAGACAGCGAUGCUCAAACGAGCAUCUAGUCAUACUGGCCUUGCAGAGAUUGAAGUAACAGCAGUAAUAAGAUGUGAUAGGUUCUUCAAGGAACUUGGAAGCAGGGGGCAAUCUGCGGGGUUUGGAAAGAAUUCAUUUGGGAUUUUUGUUUUUUUUGAUCCUCAAGACUCGUCAAAGUAA